UUAAUUUCCCAAAAAAGAAAAAGAGAGAAUGAUCUCUUUCCUCUCUCUUUCACUUCUCUCUCUACAAAAAGGCAUCCUGGUGCGCAAUCUUUACUUCCCUUCAAAUCUCUUCCGCAAACUCACCACCUUUUCACUUCAAUAAUUCCAAAGACAAUUGAAGAAUCGCUGCUCCAUCUGACCUUGAAGGUAUGAAUUGAAGCCUAACGGUUGGAGAUCACGAGGUUAAUUUAGGGUUUUUUUGUAUAGAGGUGAGAAAAUGGACAAGUACGAGCUUGUGAAGGAUAUAGGAUCUGGAAAUUUUGGUGUGGCGAGGCUUAUGAGGAACAAAGAAACCAAAGAGCUCGUGGCCAUGAAAUACAUCGAAAGAGGACAUAAGAUUGAUGAGAAUGUGGCUAGAGAGAUCAUAAAUCACAGAUCCCUUCGUCAUCCCAACAUAAUUCGAUUUAAAGAGGUGGUUCUGACUCCUACACACCUUGCUAUUGUCAUGGAAUACGCCUCCGGUGGAGAACUCUUUGAGCGAAUCUGCAAUGCAGGCAGAUUCAGCGAAGACGAGGCUAGAUACUUCUUCCAGCAGCUUAUCUCAGGUGUUGACUUCUGUCAUUCCAUGCAAAUAUGCCACAGAGACCUAAAAUUGGAGAACACUUUGUUAGAUGGAAGCCCUGCACCCCGCCUGAAAAUCUGUGAUUUUGGCUACUCAAAGUCCUCUCUGCUGCAUUCAAGACCCAAAUCAACAGUAGGCACUCCGGCAUAUAUUGCACCGGAAGUUCUUUCUAGGAGGGAAUAUGAUGGCAAGUUAGCGGAUGUAUGGUCAUGUGGAGUGACUCUUUACGUUAUGCUUGUGGGAGCAUACCCUUUCGAAGACCAAGAAGAUCCAAAAAAUUUCAGGAAAACCAUUCAACGAAUAAUGGCUGUUCAAUACAAGAUACCGGACUAUGUUCACAUAUCCCAAGAUUGCAGACACAUCCUUUCUCGCAUUUUUGUUGCUAGUCCAGCCAGGAGGAUCACCAUUAAAGAAAUCAAGAAUCACCCCUGGUUCCUAAAGAACUUGCCAAGGGAAUUAACAGAAGCAGCUCAAACCAUCUUUUACAGGAAAGAAACUCCAAGCUUUUCCCUUCAAAGUGUGGAGGACAUCAUGAAAAUUGUGGAAGAGGCUAGAACCCCUCCUCCAGUUUCCCGUUCAAUUGGAGGCUUUGGCUGGGGAGAGGGAGAAGACGAUGGAAAGGAAGAAGAUUUGGAACCCGAGGAAGAAGAGGACGAGUAUGAAAAGAGAGUCAAGGAGGCGCAUGAAAGUGGAGAAGUUCCCCUCGCUUGAGGAUUAAUUUACCCUUCCUAUUCAUUAGAAAAUCAGAUUUAUAAUUCAGAAACCAUCAGCUUCAGAAUGUUUUCAUUUGUAUAAAAGUCAGUUUGUUAUUUAGGUUUGGGGUUGAAUAAGAAGGGCUGUAUAUUUCUAGUGCUGCGAGCAAGAGGUUUGUGAGUUUCAGCUGUCAGAAUAUCAUGUGUGCUGCUUAUUUGACCUUGAAACUGUUUGGAUUUUCAUUUAUAGGUAUCAUAGUUUGAGUUGAUAUGGUUUUUCCAGUAAGACCUAGGAUUAGCAUACCAGAGUUUCAGGUUGUCUGGGGAUGAACCUAAAAUAUGGUUAUUUGCUCCAUUUCACUGGUGUGUAUGAAGCUUGAACCCCUUAGGUUGUAUUUACUAAUAAACUACUUAUUUUGUUUAAUAGUUAUGCAUUUAUGUUCUUUA